CUAAAUUUGACUUGACAACUUUGUUCUGAAUUCGACGUGUAAUUGAGCGCUUAAAAAUGUCCUUCAUUAUAGAGCACCUCGAGGAUGGCAUGCACGAAUGGUGUACAUUGGAAUAUAAACAUAUGCUUACCAACGUUGGUGCUGACAAUUUGUACUUUUCUGGUCUAUCAGACGAGUGCAAGGCCAAUAUGCCCGAAGAACUGAAGGUCGCUCACUGUCAUUCCGAAGACGUUUUGCACAUUCCUGGCAUAAAGUUGGAGGACGUCUGUCUCUUGGACCCUCAAGGAAAGCAAGAGCUCUCUCCUGAAGAUGGUGAUAAAUUUAAAUACUUCUUAUUUGGAGGAAUUCUCGGCGAUGAUCCACCGCAAGAUCGCACCAAGGAGUUGAGAAAAUUGGGGUUCGAAGGCAGACGCCUGGGACCAGUUCAAAUGACUACUGACACCGCCGUGAACGUCACCAAGCGCGUGGUUGUUGACAAAAUUCCAAUGGACGAGAUACCAUACAUCGAUCACCCAGAGAUCUUCUUUUCCAAACGUGAAUCCGUCACCAUGCCCUUCCGCUACAUCAUUGAAGAAAAGCAGGUCACCGUUGAUGGUCAAUCGAAAACCAUUAAGAAGCCCCUUAUGCCCCCCGGCAUGUUAGAGCUCAUCAAGAAGGACAAUGAAAUGAGCCUUGACGACUUUUAAAUAUUAACCAUCUUACCGACUGUAAUUAGCGAUGCGGUUAGGCUGGCCCGCAGCACUUUGCUUUCCGUUUCCCUUGCAGCCAUAAAAUCACAAUAAAAAUAGCACACUUCAUUAUCAUAUUACUGCACAAUCUAUGAUGUGAUUUACUAUAGUGGUCGACGACAUUCUUGGCUGAGGUAUCU